AUCGAUCGGACUCGGAAGUCUCGCACCUGUUGUCCAGUCGAGAGGAAGGAGAAGCGAAAAAAAAGAGCAGUUCCCCAAGGUGCUCGCUCGCGAGCGGGCGCGCGCGCUUAUCGCAUAAAACUUGAUCGUUUGAAAAUCAUUGCUAAUAAUAAACGCGAGACACUUGAUCGAGUCGUCGUCGCCGUCGUCGUCGUUGUCGCGUAAAAAUUGCUCGCUCGAGUGCAGCGCGCCUCAGUGUCGAGUGGCCACUCGAGGAAGGUUUACGUUAUUUUCUACAAAGAUGUGAUGUUAUGCACAUCCGCUGCUGAGAACGAGCUGCAGCGCUGUUGCCGCGCGAGGAUGAAGUUCUUCUUCUGCAAGAGUCUGCGGCGAGUGAGCCGUGACUUGACGGAACCAGCUCCGGAGGCAAGGCCUCACGAGCAGCAGAUUUACAGGCGACUCUCGCGCACGAGGAAGCACAGGGUGGUCAACGGGGUCGGUGUGGACACCGGUCACUUGGCACCUCCGCCGGUCUAUCCGAAGGACUUUGCAACGAAAUUGAAAAUAAAGGAAGCUCUCUGCAAGAACGAGUUCCUCCAGAACUUCGACAACGCACACAUCGAUGGCUUCGUGCUGGCUAUGUACCUGAAGGACAUUCCACCCAACACGCGUAUCAUCCAAGAGGGCGACAUAGGUUCGCAUCUCUACGUUUCCGAAAAGGGAACGUUCGAAGUUUACCAAGGCCCGUUAUACGAAAGUAGUUUUGGACCCGGUGUCGCAUUCGGUGAAUUAGCUCUUUUAUAUAACACGAAAAGAUUGCGAUCCGUCGAUGUCAAGCAUGGCGGCAAAGUCUGGGUGCUCGAGCGCAGCGCCUUCCAGGCCGUCAUGGCCCAGGAGAACGGCUCGAUAACGAGCGACGGCGUCGAGCGGCUCAGGAGGAUAACGAUCUUCAAGACUCUGCCGAAUCACACCUUGUCCAAGAUCAGUCAGCUGAUCCAAGUGGAAUUCUUCCGCGAGAACGCCCGAAUAAUCUGCCAAGGCGAGCUGGCGACAAAGUUCUACAUAAUCAACGGCGGCACCGUCCGAAUAACCAAGAAAAGACUGAAAGACGAGGAGGAAGUGAGCGUUCUGGGCAAGGAGAAGUACUUUGGCGAGCAGGCGCUGCAGAGCAACGCGCAGCACUCCUACGACAACGUGUACGAGGUGAACGCCAUAGCCAUGGCACCGGGGGUCGAGUGUCUCACCAUCGAAACGAAAGACCUGCUCAACUACAUCGGCAGCUUCGACCUCAUCCGCAAGGACAAGUGGAUAAUGGAGCUGGCGAACAGGCUGUACACCCAGAGAGCCGAGUGGGCCAGCAAGUACGAGCAGGUGAAGCUAACCGACAUGGAGGUGAGCGACACCCUUGGAGUCGGCGCCUUCGGCCGAGUCGAUCUCGUGACGAUACCCUCGAUACCGGACAAGAGCUUCGCCAGGAAGAAGAUCGCCAAGACCAAGGCGGUGAAGCUCGAGUGCGAGGAGUACAUUCUGAACGAGAAGAAGAUCAUGCAGUACUGCGACUCGCCGUUCAUCUGCAAGUUGUAUCAGACCUUCAAGGACAGCAGGUACGUGUACUUCCUCAUGGAGGCCUGUCUCGGCGGCGAUCUCUGCACCUACAUCAUGAGGAACGGGCCGCUCGACAACGCCGCGGCGAAAUUCGUCAUGGCCUGCACCGUCGAGGCUAUAGCUUAUCUUCACGCGCACGGAAUUGUCUGCAGGGACCUCAAGCCCGACAACAUCAUGAUCGACGAGAAGGGAUAUCUCAAGCUCACCGACUUCGGGCACAGCAAGGUCAUCGGACUGGAGAGAACGAGAAGCUUCGUGGGCACGCCGGAGUACAUGGCCCCCGAAAUCAUCUUCAACAAGCCUUACGACAGAGCCGUGGACUACUGGUCGCUCGGGAUCCUGCUCCACGAGAUCCUCCUGGCGCGUCCUCCGUUUCAGGACACGGAGCUGCUCUCGCUCUACAGCAAGAUCAUCAAAGGCAUCGACUCAGCCGGGAUCUACGGUUAUCUGAAGAAGCACGCCGAGAAUCUCAUCAAGGCUCUCCUGCGCUCGAAUCCAGCUGAGAGAUUGGGUAAUCUGCGCGGAGGCAUCGCCGACAUUCGCUCGCACAAGUGGUUCGGAACUUACGACUGGAACGCGUUGAGCAACCUGACGCUCCCGUCCCCGAUAGUACCAAAGAUUAGGAAUCACUUAGACACUAAGUACUUCGACAGAUUCCCACCGGAGAAGGGUGUCGCCGAGCCUGAGUUCUCUGGCUGGGAUGAAGAUUUUUAACGACGGGCCAAAAAUGUUUGAUCAUAUAUACACCGAUGAGAAAAGCUGCUCCCACCAAGUGUUCUCGAAACUAGAAUAUAAAACACAAGCGCAAAGAGACGUAUACGCGCGUAUGCGCCUAUACAUCCCGUAACGCGAAUAGCGACAUAAAAACAAGCCGUCCGUUUUGCAUAUACAUCAUUGGACGAGUCGCCGCACGUGCCUAUAUAUACUUACUCCGCGCACGAGGAGUUUGUUGGCGCGGGUAUGUCUACUGUACUGUCCGUCGGUAACACCAUCAUUCCUAUAGUAUAUAUAUAAUGGACCACGAUCAGCUGAUCAAUCGCACAGUCGCUGGCGACAAGGUGCGAUCGGAAUCCGAACUAAGAACACGCUGUGCUUAUAUAUAUACGGAUAAAAUUAUAAAUUGACAUCGAGCUGUACAUAAUACACACAUACCUUCUGAAUUACUAUUGUCGUGUAUCUAUUGAAAUAAAGCGUUCCGCUGAUUCUCGAAUAA